AAAGGAAAAAGGAAGAGAAAAAUUGUGCUCAACAAGCAACGACCAACCCUCGCCGCGCCACCACCCCCCGCCCCGCCCCGCCGCGGCUGGACUCCGACUCCGACUCCUGCUCCGCUCUGCUCCGCAAGCCGCCGCCGAUCUCGCGCCGCAUGAGGCCGACGCGCCCUCGCUACUCCUCCUCCUUGUCGUUGCGGCGUUAGGGCUCGGCAUGGACGGCGCCUCGGCCGGCGCCGGCGACGGCGGGUCGGCGUCGGGGGGCGGGAGGUGGUACACGGGCAUGUCGUCGGACAACAUCAAGGGGCUGGUGCUGGCCAUCUCCUCCAGCCUCUUCAUCGGCGCCAGCUUCAUCAUCAAGAAGAAGGGCCUCAAGAAGGCCGCCUCCUCCUCCGGCGGCGUCAGGGCCGGGGUUGGUGGUUAUUCUUACUUAUAUGAGCCUCUUUGGUGGGUUGGCAUGAUAACAAUGGUUGUUGGGGAAGUUGCAAAUUUCGUGGCUUAUGCCUUUGCGCCAGCCAUUUUGGUUACUCCCCUUGGUGCUCUCAGCAUAAUCAUCAGUGCUGUACUUGCACACGUAAUGCUGCGUGAGAAGCUGCACAUAUUCGGCGUUCUCGGAUGCGUCCUAUGUGUCGUGGGAUCCACCACCAUUGUCCUUCAUGCCCCGCAAGAGCGUCAAAUUGAGUCAGUGACAGAAGUUUGGGAUCUGGCCACUGAACCAGCCUUCAUGUGUUAUGUGGCCGUAGUACUUGCUAUUGUCGCUCUGCUUGUGUUCAAGUUUGUUCCACUUUAUGGCCAAACCCAUGUCAUGGUGUACAUUGGUGUUUGCUCUCUCGUAGGUUCCAUCUCGGUAUGUUGUUGUCUCUAGUUUUAUAUCCU